AUGGCCACCGAGACUGGCUGCCGUGAGACGGCCUUCAGCAGGGAGCGCUCGUCCUCCGACGGCACGGCGGCGUAGGAGGUGAUGGUCGCCGCGGGGCGAGGAGCUGAGGACGAGGAGGCGCCGCCGACGCGGCAGGCACCGGUGGGGUUGCCGGAGUACGGGUAGGCGGCCUCGCCGGCGAUGCCGCCGUGGUCGGCGAUGAACUCGAAGGCAUGCGUUGGGUAGCCGCCUACGCAGCCCUCGUUGCCGUUGCCCGUGUCGCAGUCGAUGAGCUCCUGCUCCGACAGGGAGACCAGUUCCCCCCUUGCGAUCUUCCACGCCCCCUCCACUGCCGCCGUAGCCGAGAAGGCCCAGCAGGCGCCUGCAUCACACAUCCCCAUCAGAUGGUGAAAACGAGAGAGAGUAGAGUAGAGAGAAAGUAGAGAGAGAGAGAGAGAGAGAUCACAAAGAUCAAUCUGCCAUUACCGCAGUGGCCUUGGUUCUUGACAGCAGUCACUGCGCCUGCCUCUCUCCAGUCCACCGCCGACGGUAAGCUUUCGUAGGAGAGGUUGCCGUAGGUGAACGGCCACCGGUUGCCGCUCGUCGUUGUCGUCGUCGACCGUGUGGCCGGCCUGAAGCCGAGAUAACCAGCCUGAAACUCCUCCUCCGUGAGAUCUGCAAACGCGUUGACUUCGAGCUCGUACUUCCGGCCACCUUCCCUGUUGAAAGACUCCACGUACUUUACGUUGCUCUCGAAUAUGGUGA